CAAGUCGCUCCUAUUUUGGGCUGCGAGGCUCAGAUUACAGAGCUUGGAGCAGCAUCCCCAUCAGAGUCAGACUAAACACGCCGCUACCCCAAAUGCGCAGACUGCCAAUAGAGCGGCAAUUCAAAUCGUCGAACACCAGAGCUGCGGAAAAAUGAAAUUGAAAUCUCUCGAGCUCGUGGCGCCAUCGUCACUGUAAGGAGAAAAAGUCACCGCAGCCGGUUUCCGGAGCUCCUAUUUUCACCAUGUUUGGCACACCAUCCUCAACUCCGGCGUUCGGCACUCCAUCUUCAACUCCGGCGUUCGGCACUCCGUCUUCCGCCUCGGCGUUCGGAACUCCGUCCACCCCAGCCUUCGGCACUCCCUCCUCGGCAUUCGGAACUCCCUCCUCCACUCCGUUGUUCGGAGCUCCGUCAUCUUCGACUCCGGCGUUCGCCACUCCGUCCACCUCCUCGUUCGCCACUGGAUUCGGCUCUUCUCUCUUCUCCACGCCAUUUUCUGCGCAGCCUCAACAGCAGCAGCAGUCUCUAUUCCAGCAACCGAGUUCUGGUUUUGGAUUCCAGUCUCAGUUCCCCGCGCAGGCGCAGCAGCCUACGCCGUUCCCCAAUGCUCAAUUGACGACUCAGAUGGCCCCCGUGGCCCCGCUCCCUUUCUCCCUCGCCGAUCGUGAUAUUCAGGCAAUCGUGGAUGCUUAUAAGGAGGAGGCUGGGAACCCUAAAUAUGGUUUCAAGUAUUUGCUGUUUAGUGUUACGGAUCCACAGCUUAGAAUCAAGCCUACCACUAUAUCAGAUAUUAUGUGGGCAGAGGCUAUGGGGAAGUUAGAAGGGAUGGAGAGUAGAGACCGGGAGCGUCUAUGGCCUCAACUUGCACAAGGUUUCAAAGAUCUGUCAAACCGCCUCAAGCUUCAAGAUGAAGUCAUUGUUUCAGAUUCUGAGAGAUUGCGGACGACCCAAAGCAAUGUGAAAACGCUUCAACGACAUAUUCAAGCAGAGACUCUUCCAUGGAUUGAUAGGCUGAGACAAAAGGAACAAAGUAUUCAGAGACGUCUUCUAAGGACAAUGCGGAUACUUGAAGCUUUGGAAAGCAAGGGUUGUCGAUUGCCACUAACAAAAGGGGAAGCUGAGUUGGCAGAGAAGCUAGCUUCUACAAUUAGACAGCUGAAAGGUCCUGGAGCAGAACUCGGCAGGAGGAUCCAAAGCCUACUCACCAUCUCCCGUGUGCAAGCAAAUGGGAUUGGUCCAGGAGCUUCUACUUAUCUCCCUGGCUCAACCAAGAUUGACGAGCAAAGUCUAGUCGAUAUGCAAGAAGUCUUACAACAGCAGACAGAGGCUAUCGGAAGGCUUGGGAAUGUGCUGAAGCGAGACAUCAGGGACAUCGAAAUUAUGAUGGCCGAGGACACUGAUAUGGGGGAUGGUUAAGCGCAGACCAAGACCAAGGGAGUUGAAGAUGACAAUACGAUUGUUGUUUUGCGGCUACUUCACCAAUUGACGUCUUUCACUCUUCCCAACGUUAAAAACCAUUUGGCAGAGGUUUGAAGAUGGCAUAUUUCUUUUAUGUUCAAACAUCUUUGGUAUGAAAUGUAUUCUAAAAUAAUUUACCUAGAGUGAACGAGUACAACUUCCGAUUGUUAGUUAGCCCCUGGUUUGGCUAAACUCGGCUUCAUUGUAGCGACGCAUUUGAAGUGGGAUGGAAAUCAAAAGAGAACCACAGGGUUAACAUCCCAAAUCUGGUGCUUCCAGACCAUUUCACAAUGGUUAACAUCCCAAAUCUGGUGCUUCCAGACCAUUUCACAAUGGUUAACAUCCGUUUCUGUUAUCUUGACAGCAAGUCUAGACACUGUAAAAAGCUUUAGUGCUUAACCCUUGAGGUUUACCUAAGAAGCAUAAUGUGAUGAACUUUGUGGAUA